AACAUCACGCUGGCAUAGAGACGCACACUGAAAUCUCUCAGACACCGCAGGGCAGCCAUGAAGUAACAACUGACAGAAACAGACCCAGUGCCAACGUCCCUAAAAAAAAAAUCAUUGUGCCAGGGCAUGGGCGUGAUCUUUUUCAGAUGCAUACAACCCCCCAAAUACUAGCGGUGUUUCGUAUCGACAUCCUCCCUCUUUAAACCCCUCUUACGUACUUUCUGUCGGUCUUAGAGAAAACCCCUCUGCAAACCAGCCUCCACGUAUUCAACACUCGACAGAGUAACCAGCCCCAACCGCUGACUUCCUCAUUUCAUCAUUCACAUCUUCAAGCUGUAUUAGCCCUCAUGUCAGCACACUUUGUGUGAAUAGGCAAUGCCUUCCCCUGUCCUGCAGCUCCCAGCAUCCUUCAGCUGUCUAUCUGGCCUUAACGCCUCCAUUAUUAACAUCCUCAGCCGCAUCUUCUUCUGACAAGGCCUACAUUAGAAACACAUUAAACUGGCCUAGAUUGAUCUUGCUGGAUCAAUCUAAAUCAGACUCCAGCACUAACAGUCUUUGUUUGUCCUCUCAUCUGAUUAUUUUGAACUCAAACAUCUAAAACUUAAAUGUCCUUUCAAAACAAGCCACUGUCUCUCAUUCAUUUUCUGGAUCUUUGAGCCUGCAAGUCAAUCAUGUGGUCCACAUUCAUCGUUCAGGAUGAAGAGGUAAGGACGGUGAAUACAUCUCCUGGAGUGCACCAACCUUCUGGUGGGCUGGAAGGGUUUUUGGGAUCACGGGGCGGUGGACGCAAACGCAGACACAGACCACACCCCAGUUCUGGAGAUGGCAUUAGCGAAAGCCAAGAGGGCAAAAUCAAGCUGACGUUAUUCAUGGCUGUAACCGGCAUCAUGCUUACUGUGCUCGGGAUGGGAACGGAGUUCUGGGUGGAGCUUAAACCAUCCAAGAGCUUCGACAACAAUCAGACUUGUCUGGUAGCACAUUAUGGCUUAUGGAAAUGCUGUACCAAGACGAUCUGGGUGUCAGAUAUGGACCCAAAGCAGGAGAUCUGUGGGCCUUUGCACUUACAAGGAGAAUCCAACUGCACCUUCUUUAAGUUCUACACCACUGGAGAGAACAUUGUCCUAUUUCAGAAAACACCAGAAAAGGAUCUGACAGUAGUGUCGGCCAUGUUUGCUAUCAUUAGUCUUUUCCUGAUGGUGAUGGGAUCCAUUUGCAUUAUCAUGGCAGUAAGCAAAGGUGUUCAGUUCUUCUUGAAGCCAGCUGCAGUUUGCUUCAUACUGUCAGGUGUCUUAAUCUUCCUCUGCCUCAUAGUUUUCCACCAAUCAGUGCUUUCAUUCUUAGCAAGCGACCAAUCCAUACCUCUACAUCAUGAAUUGUCCUGGUCAGUGACGUGUGUAGGCUGUGCCGGGGCUCUGGUGAUUGUUGCUGGGGCCUUGUUUUUGGUCCUUGCUCUUCCAUACAGUCCUUGGGAAAAGUGCUUGCCUAAGAAGAACAGUGACAUCUAG